AUGGAAAGCAAGUGUCGAACUAGCUGGGAAGCGUUUGCCGUUGUGAAAAGCUGCAAGCAGCUGGUCUACAUUUAUAUCCGCCCAGCUGGCUUCCGCCUUUUCACCGACUACAAGAGCCUGCAGUACAAUUUCAAUCCUGCCGGCCAGUCCCCAAGUAUGGCAAGGUACCAAACGCACAAAUUGGAGCGCUGGGCCUUGGAUCUGUCCUCGUCCCCUUACACCAUCAAGUGCCUGCCCGGUGAAGACAAUUUGUGGUGCGACCUGCUCAGCCGCUGGGGCGCUGCCCAAGCCCUGGUGCCAGCGCAGUCUAGCCGGUGCCUCCUGGCCAUAGUGCCGCCCCUACAGCAGCCCGACUUUGACUGGCCCAGUCCUGCCAGCACCGUCAAGACCCAAGAAGUGGCCGGGAAGAGGGGACAGACCCCGCCAACCGGCGUGGCGUGGAAUGAAGACAAGAACCUGUCCUCGACAAGGAAGACCGCAUCUAGAUCCCACCAACACACGGCCAAGGGUGUCCGCGAUGUCUUCGCCUGGAGCACCCUCGAAGCCGAUGUCAAGACCUUUGUCCAAGCCUGCAUCCACUGCCUCAGCGUCGACGGCCCAGUGUUCCCGCGCCCGAUAGGGUUGGUGCUCCAUGUUAGGAUAUCCAUGCCCACUGCGACGCACGGGUGGCAGAAGAUCCUCGUCAUCAAGGACGACAUGAGCGGGUUCGUGCGACUUUGGCCCAGCGAGACAAGCGACGCAGCGGCAACCGCCAACGGCCCCCUCGACUGGUUCACGGCCUUUGGCGGCUCUCAUUUCAAGAGCGAAGUCAUCGACAUGAUCCGCAAGGCCGCCGGCGCCCACCAUCGCAUCACGACUGCCUAUUGUGCUUGGGCGACGGAACCGUUUAAGUAG